GCUUAUCGUCACUUAAUUCAGAAUCACAAUAAAACAUUUAAAAUAGAUUUAUCGUAAAUUCCAAAAUAAUUGAUUACUUUUAAAAUACUGUGGAAACUUCCAUUAGUACAUAGAACCCUAGCAAAUAUAAAUAAACACUCUUGAUUAAAGUUAAGAAAUACGUGUCGAAAAGAGGUUAAUCACAAGUCUAUAGUCCAAGUUUGAUCUCUUAUGUGACCUUUCCAGAAUUUAGCAGUAGUUUUAUCGAGCAAAAAGUUUAGUAUAAAGGAUCAAAAAAAGACAACAAAAGCAGUAGUAAAGAGAGUAUAACCGAGUCAUUAGAGCUUCACCAACUUCCACUAUGAGCAUCAGUAUGGGUGACUAAUAUGACUGAAAUUACAUGGUGGCUGGAGAGAACCAUCUUCUAUGUAAUCGCCUAUACAUUUCGAAUUGUUUUGACCAUUGCAUUCUGGAGAGAACAAAAUUCAGUACCACCAGCAAGGAACCAGUUGCUUCUUAAAUCGGCAAAUCAAUUAGCUAAAGAAAUUAGGGAAGGAAAGCUGAAAUCUGAGAAAGUUAUUCAAACUUAUAUUAAUCGUAUAGUUGAAGUAGAACCUUAUAUCAAUGCAGUAGUUCAGGACAAUUUUGAUAACGCAAUUAUAGAGGCAAGAAGAGUGGAUGAUCUUAUUGAAUCAGGAGAAUUUUUCAUUGAACAGCUUUCAGAAGAAAAACCACUUCUUGGAGUACCAUUUACUGUUAAAUGUAUUCUAGAAGUUAAAGGUUUUAAAGAAUCUGCAGGCAGUUUGAUUUUUAAAGACAGAAUAGCUGAAACAGAUGCACCGAUAGUGAGUAUUAUAAAAGAUGCUGGUGGGAUUUUUCUAGCUUUAACCAACGCUCCGGAAUUUUGUUCCUCGAUGGAAACAGAUAACAAACUUUAUGGGAGAACAUGCAACCCUUACGAUGUAACCAGGACGUGCGGAGGCAGCUCAGGAGGAGAAGCAGCAUUAAUAAGCUCUGCUGGGUCUGUCAUCGGAUUGGGAAGUGAUCUUCUCGGCAGUCUCAGGAUUCCAUCUCAUUUUUGUGGUUUGUUUGCACACAAGUCAAGUAGAUAUUUGAUUCCAACGGAAGGAGUGUCCAUGGAUUUACCCCCAAUUUUGAAGAAGAUACACACUGCUGGUCCUAUGAGUAGAUUUUCUGAAGAUCUUAUUACUAUGAUGAAGAUCAUACUGAAAAGCGAAAAAACGAUGAAUUUUCAAAAAGAGGUUGAUUUCAAAAUCCUAAAAAUUUAUUACCAGACAAAGAUAGAUGGUGCCUGGGUAUUUAAUACAGAAAAAGAAAUAGAUCAAGCAGUACGAAACGCGGCAUUGCAUUGCAACACAAAAUAUGGCACGAAAGUGAAAGAAAUCAAAGUUCCACUUAUAAACAAAACAAAUGCAAUAGUGUUAAAUUCUUACUAUGGCCGUGUUGCUUUCAACUUAUUAGCAAUUGCAACAAACGGAAAAAUUAAAAAUUUAAAUGGAAUCCAAGAGCUGAUUAAAAUGCUAUAUGGAAAAUGUCAGUUUACAUUUUAUUCCCUUAUACCUGCUUGUUUCGCAAAAUGGCUUUUAAAAGACAACAUAAAUCUUGUAUCUCAAUGUGAUAAUUGGAACAAGGAAUUGGAGAAUGAAUUUGAAAGAUUGUUGGACGAUAAUUCUCUGUUUUUGUGUCCAACGCUUCCGCAUACAGCUCCGUACCAUAAUGAAUCACUUGUUAGCUAUGGAAGUGCUUGUUUUGUAAGUAUAUUCAAUAUAUUAGGGCUGCCAGUAACUCAGUGUCCAAUGGGAUUCGACAAGCAUGGUUUGCCUCUGGGAAUACAGGUUGUUGGUAAGAAAGGAAAUGAUAUGCUAACAAUGUUAGCUGCUGCUGAGCUUGAAAAAGCAUUUGGAGGAUGGAGACCACAGAUGGAUACUACUUUAGGAAAUAAAAAAGACUUAUAAAAUAUUUUUUUAAAAUUAUUUAUUGUAAUAUUGAAAGAUAAAUUUUGAAAAAAAAUUAUAAGUCUGAUGAUCAUAAGGGUUUUUGAUUGAAUGAACCUAAUAUUAACAAAUGUUAAUAAAAUUGGGUGGUGUUUUAAACCCUA